UUUUCCAAUUCCCCAAAACAAAUAGAAUAAAAUAUUAUCGUUUACAAUUUCUCGAGUGCUUAUCUUACUCUGUAUGACACCCAGACUGAAAAUACUCUGCAUAAAUAUUACUAUUGAAAAUUUUGUGGAAGCACUUCAAAAGCAUAAAUAUUAUUAUUGAGAAUUUUGUGGAAGCACUUCAAAAGCCUCCUCAAUAUAUUGUUGACUGUAAAUUCACAUCAAUUGAAAAAAGUCCUUGAUGACUCCGUAUAUUGCGAGCCUUAACAUGGAUCUUGCAAUGUUUGGGUCACGUCUUGUUGUGUUUACCAGCGACAUGCAACGAGAAGCAGUCACGGUGCGGCACGCCUAUUGCCCAUGUGCUUCAUCCUGUCGGCUCCAUUGACGGAUGCGUCACGCGCUCGGAGCUUUGCAUAAAAUGUGUAUCAGUGGGCCAGCGCACGAGUCGGCACAUGGCGAGCGCGCAUGUUGCUUGCAUGGCUUUACACAGAGCAGCGCAUCAAAUUAACCCCACUUGGCACGUCAUUCCCACCAAUCAAAGCGUGCGAGAGGAAACGAAAUCUCAAGGAGAGAGAGAGAGCGAGAGAGAGAGAGAGAGAGAGAGAGAGUGAUCAAAGCUGCAACACACAAGUUGGUGACGCUCACAUCUUCAACUCACUUGCAAACGUGACGAUUGUGGGUGUGUGUGUCACGCAUGACACGCGGAUGUGUUGACUCCACUUUCUUCGAAGGCGUGCACGAGAAGGGUUCAGCAGAAAGCAUCUAGGUUGAUUCCAAGCGCAAGUAGAGGACUGCUGCGCGCAAUUAACAGCCGGAAAGCGCUUCCAUCACUCGGUCUUUUUUUUUGCUCGGUUGAGAAGAGCAGGUGCUUUGGGAUUUUUCUUUUUUUCAGCUGUAUUCACCAGAUUUCAUCUCCAAGAAAAAUGGACAACAGCCCAGGAGGCGGAGUCAUCCUGUAUGCAGGCUCGUCCGGAAGUUCCAGCCCCAGCCCGGGGAGCCCCUCCAGCGGCUACCAGACACACUCGCAGCCCUCGUCGCCGGAGAAUGUGACCUUCACAGAGAUCGGGGCGAUGAAAGAGAGGUCGGACGGGUCCGCCAGUCCGACCUCAAAGGUCCGCUUCGCCGAGGUGUACGGCGGUUCUCCUGCACCGCAGCAAACCUAUGCACAUCUGAUUGGUGGGAAAAGGCCCAGCUGUGCUUUCCAUGGAACUUUUACGAAGAAUGGUGGAAUGGUUCUGCUCUGCAAGGUCUGCGGUGACAUUGCGUCCGGUUUCCACUAUGGCGUGCACGCAUGUGAAGGAUGCAAGGGUUUUUUCCGCCGCAGCAUCCAGCAGAACAUCAACUACAAGAUGUGCGUGAAGAACGAGAAGUGUCUGAUCAUGCGCAUGAACCGCAAUCGGUGCCAGCACUGUCGCUUCAAGAAGUGCUUGUCCGUCGGCAUGUCACGAGACGCUGUGCGUUUUGGCCGCAUCCCGAAAAGAGAGAAGCAGCGACUUCUGGAUGAGAUGCAGAGCUACAUGAAGAGCCUCAAUGAGUCAGCCGCUGCGGACAUGGACUACUCCUCCUCCUCUUCCCCGUCGGUGAACGAGACUCUCGCCGGCCACGAUGACGGCGGCUCCAAGGAGGCCAUCGGGGCCAUCUCCAGAGCCUACCAGGACACCUUCAGCGGGCGGGAGAGGACGGCCAAGAGGGCCAAACUCACCAACAAGGACGCUUCUCGAGAUUGCGGUUCCCGCCAGGUUUCUGGACAAGCCAAGUGCGCCCAGUCUUGCCCGCUUGAUGACAACCCGCUUACAUUCCACAACAUGGACAACGCAUAUUUAGCGUCAACCAAUCCAACUCAUCGGCCGAGCGUCGACACUCUGCAUCGUUGUCGCAAAGCGGGGAAGGCUUCAAACCAGCCCUCCUGUCCGUGGAAGUUAGCUCCGGGAGCUAAAGUGUUGGCGUGUCCUCUGAACGCGUGCCCCGUAUCUGGUUCGGAACGCAGCAGUCAGGACAUCUGGGAGUCCUUUUCUCAGUGUUUCACUCCUGCAGUCAAGGAAGUGGUGGAAUUCGCUAAGGGCAUUCCAGGAUUUCAAGAGCUUAGCCAGCAGGACCAAGUCAUGCUGCUUAAAUCGGGAACCUUCCAGGUUCUUAUGGUGAGGUUCAGCAACUUGUUCAAUGCUGCAGAACAUACGGUGACCUUCCUGAACGGUCAAACGUACCCGCUGUCCACCUUACGUGCUUUGGGGAUGGGUUCCCUACUCAAUGCCAUGUUUGACUUCAGUGAGAAGCUGGCCUCCUUGGGCUUGGAGCCUGAUGAAAUGGCGCUUUUCAUGGCUGUUGUGUUGGUCUCAGCAGAUCGUUGGGGCAUCUCAGACGCGCCGGCUGUGGAGCAGCUCCAGGAGGGGCUUAUCCGAGCGCUGCGCUCGCUCCUCGCCCGGCGGCAUCCGGACGACACGUCGCUCUUCUCCAAACUCCUUCUGCGGCUACCAGACCUGCGCACCCUCAACAAUCUGCACUCCGACAAACUUUUGGCCUUUCGUAUUGACCCCUGAGCAGACGAGCACGGCGAGAAAAACACAUCCCACGGUCACACGAACUUUUUUUGUGUGAAAGGAAAAAGCAACGGGGCCAUCAAAUAAGAGUUGUGAUGACAUGUGAGGAGUCCCUUUGUUUUGACGAUAAAAGGAACGUGUACAUAAAUAUACAUAGAAUUAUUUCAAAUCUAGCGAGUCUACAGCCAUGUGUCACAUUUACGCAAGAUUGUUUGGGGACUCAAUGUAAAACGUAAAUUAAGACAUUUCAAACGAUUCCACCCAAACAUUGCGUUUGCAUUGACCUCAAUAUGCAAAUGAGUUAUGGAAAGUCCCUGUGCAUGUUUUGUAUAAUUUUUUUUGCUGCAUACGUGACAUUUGUCCAAAUGCGACUGAACGGAUAGAAUGGACGGAAGCACGGUCAAAUGUUCUGCUGACCUUCCAGUAUAAGGUGGGACUUUGGGGGGCAGGCGGAACACGUCGUAGGGAUUCAAGAUGGACCUUUAAUACAUGGAGAUGACGGAGCCAAGCGCCUGCCUGCCCCCAAUGUUUGUCAUACAAACUAAAGUGAUAUCAUUUGAUUGGUCGUUUCACUGAUUCCUUGAGGGUAUCAUGGCUGAUUGAGCACUUUCUGUACAUUUUGUAAAUCUUUCUUCCUAAUAGAACGGAUAUAAACCUCAGAUUGUGUAAUA